CUUCUUCCUUGCCGACCUCUCUGGUCUCUGCAAGCUCCUCCUCGCGUCUAAGAAACCAAGAAGAGCUUAGCUUGAAGAGGAUCAGCAGGGUAGUGAGCAAGAGAUUAUAAUGCCGUGCACAUCUCUACGGCCGUCGGCGCCGCAGCGUGCCCGGAUCGCGGGUGGAGGCGGGUGCGGGUGGAAGGCGGCAGCGCACGCGGCGUCGUGCGUAGCGGUGCCAGCGGAGGUGGCGCGGCACCACGAGCACGCUGCGGGGGCCGGGCAGUGCUGCUCGGCGGUGGUGCAGGCGAUCGAGGCGCCCGUGGACGCGGUGUGGGCGGUGGUGCGGCGCUUCGACCGGCCGCAGGCGUACAAGAACUUUAUCCGGAGCUGCCGCCUCGUGGACGGCGACGGCGGUGAGGUGGCGGUGGGCUCCGUGCGCGAGGUGCGGGUGGUCUCGGGCCUCCCCGCCACCAGCAGCCGCGAGCGGCUGGAGAUCCUCGACGACGAGCGCCGCGUGCUCAGCUUCCGCGUCGUCGGCGGAGAGCACCGCCUCUCCAACUACCGGUCGGUGACCACCGUGCACGACACCGCGGCGACGGGCGGCGCCGUCGUGGUGGAGUCGUACGUCGUGGACGUGCCCGCAGGGAACACCGCCGACGAGACGCGCACGUUCGUGGACACCAUCGUGCGCUGCAACCUCCAGUCGCUGGCGCGCACCGCCCAGCAGCUCGCCCUCGCCGCCUAG